UCUUUGCACGUGUGGGAAGAGGGACAAAUCAAACACCUUCGCUUUGCAACAAGACAUUUUUAUCUUAAUAUGGACUUGAAGACAAGAAAAGAAAAUAACCUAUUAAGUGCCGAACUUCACUGUUUGUUUUAAACACUUUUUUACAAGAGGGGAAUUAACUUGCUUAAAAAAAACACUGGCAUCAAAAGUCUGGUCCGAGAAAGACGUAUGAACCGUUCUAAUGUGUUAGUGUUACUGUGAUUAGUGAGAGAUGAUGUUUAGUGUUGAAUUAAAAAUGGGUAUAGGCCCCAUGUCAAUACUGUAUGCAAAUAAUAAAACAGCAAUAAAAUUAUUUUAAAUCGCAAACACCACAACGUUUAUUUCUAAGCAUUUGUGAAAGAAGCAAGUGGCUGUUGCAUGAACUCGAUGGCUUGUCGUCUUACAUAACAGUUCGACCUAUAUAACAUUACAUAAUUUCUCAUUCCUUGUUUUUUCAUGGAUUUACCUUACUGAAUAAAAAAAGUGAAAGGGCUGUUUGUUUAAAUUGUGUUGGUACCAGAGCCGUUGAAAAACAGAGUUGCGACACACUUUGAAAUCGCCGCCGCGUGGUCACGUGGUUCAUGGAGCGCUCAAUAGUUCCAAACAAAUCCGUGCUGUCAAGCUAUUUGAAUGGAUUUUAGCGGUACAGACAACAGCAACUAUAUUUGUGUAAAUAGAUCGUGAAUCAGUAGAAUUGUGUACAUGGGUCCGGGCACUGGUAAGGACCCUGGCUCCCUUCUCAUUGGGACACCGUUCACUUAUUUUCCUGUGACGUGACUGCUUAAAGUUAAAGUUUUUUAAAGAAAUUAAAAAUUACAAUGCCUGUUUUUUCAUGAAAUACUGCAGUGUUUAUUGUAAAUAGUUUAUCAUUGUGGGUCAUUCUCUUUUUAAAAAAACGUGUGGCCUCAUAAUCUUUAGUUAAAAUCUGAAAAUGCACUUCCAUCCUGUAAUGGCUACACAUCUUAGAUGACGUAUGUUAGACGGCUUAGGCGGAGCAUCCGGUAACUCCUCCCCUUCAACUGUCAGUCUGCAACCAGUUCCAUUUCAAAAUGCAACGGCUGUUUUUAUACAUCCAUUCAAAUCGCAGAAAAAGAUGAAAGCCACGCCCACUUUUUUUCUCAUUGACAAUUCUGUUUCAUCCGUCAAAAUACGGAAGUAUUUGUACGGAAGUGACCGACAUCUUUCUGAUUUGUUUUAAUACUGGUUGAAAUACAUAUGAGAAACACUUUCAUUAUUCUAUUAUUUCCAUCGAUGCUCCCUGGUUUUUGUCGUGCAUUGUGGGAAUUUUUAGGGAACGAACGUUUUAGUGCAAUGGCAGGAUUUGCUAAUGAGACAGGCAGCCCUUAAAAUGGCUGACUCCCUGGUCAGUGCUACUGAACAAGGGAGCUGAUUGAGACACAGGGCAUGACACGAGUUAGUUCCGCAUUCCAUUCUUCCAACGGACGUCUAUACGAGUGUCGUAACUCUGUUUUUAAACGGCUCUGUUGUCUCAGCUGACCGAUGACAGAUAUAUGACGUCACUCCGAAACAUGGCGGCCGAGAGCGAUGUCCAGUCUGAAAUUGAAGUGCUGCAGUCCAUUUAUUUGGAUGACCUCUGUGUUACUCAGAAAGAUGAAGGAGGGUGGAUAGUCAGUCUGGUGCUCUAUCCAUCUACUGCAGAAGACUGUCUCUCUCAGUUUGUCCGUCUUACACUGACAAUGGAUCUGUGUCUUCAGUAUCCAUAUUCAUCUCCCUGCAUCUCCAUUCACAAUCCACGUGGUCUGUCAGAUGAUAUUCUGCUAAGUUUACAGAAGAGUUUGCAGAUGGAGGCAGAGGCAUGCCUGGGGACUCCUGUACUUUACCAGCUCAUAGAGAGAGCCAAAGAGAUUCUGACACAGAGCAAUAUUCCCCAUGGAAACUGUGUUAUCUGUCUAUAUGGCUUUAAGGAAGGUGAGGUCUUCACUAAGACCAGCUGCUAUCAUCAUUUCCACUCUCACUGUCUUGGUCGCUACAUCACUUACUCUGAGAUGGAGCUGAAGGACCGUGAGCGAGAGCUGAAGGAGGAUAAGACCAGAGACAGGACACAAGAAGAGGAGUUGGCCGUUGUUUGCCCUGUAUGCCGAGAGCCUCUUACCUAUGAUUUGAAUGCCCUCCUGUCCUCACCUGCUCCUAGUUUCACCCAGCAGGAGGAUGUGGCCACUGGUGAGGAAUUUAAAAAGAAAUGGGCAGAACUCCAAAAGAUUCUGGAACGGCAGAAGGAAAAGGGUGGAGUUAUUGACCCGGAAGCGGAGUCUAAUCGGUUUCUUAUUCACAUCAAUGAGGCUCCAGAAAAUAUUUCUGAAACCCGUGGUACAGAUGCCUCAGGUGCAGAAUCUUGUCAGUCACUCUCUUCCCCGUUCCCAAAUUCUACCAACACAACCCAAGUCCCUCCAAGUCAACGCAACGCAGGUCAAUCACAGCAUCAGUCCAGUCACGACAGAAGACAACAAGGUGACUUUAGGAGAGGUCGUAGAGGAAGAGGUGGUGGAAGAGGUGGUUCAGCACGUCAUGUGAUAAUUACACCAGGGAUGGAACGCAUAAGCAAGCCCUCACAAUCUUCUGAUAAAAUGAACUGUGUCAACUCAAAUCCAUCAAGCACCACAUCACAAAGUGCAGCAAAGGGAGAGGCCUGUGAAUUCAGUGCAAAACUCAAGCAGCCUUUGAUCGAUGAAGAAGAAAAACCUGUUGCUACAAAAAAGGACACUUCCAGUGGAGAGGAUGUGAGCCAACUCAGAGAUGUGUCAAAAGAUGUUUCUCAGACAAUCUUACAGGAAGGACAACAGGAAAGGGAACAUCUGGGUAGAGGAUUAAAGCGCGGUAGUCGUGGCUCAGGACGCCAUCACGGACACUGGCAUGAGAGGAACUUUAAGGGACCCAAUCACUGGGAUAAUUCUGGGGGUGUUGGCCACCAUGGAGGAGGACACAGAGCCAGAGAGGGAGGAGCUGGUCAUCAUCACAGAGGAGGUGGGUCACACAGAGGAGGUGGGAGGGGGUUGCAUCAGAGAGUGGAAAAAGAAUUCAGGAAGGAAGGAGUGCUCUGACAGUGGGAGAGGGGAGGUACAGUCAGAAGAAGCAUACCUCCCAGUUACACCAGAUGUACCUUCAUUACUGCAUCUACAAUAAAAUUCUCCACAAGCA